AUGGCGAUGCUUGGCCGCCAAGUCGCUCGCAUUGCGCGGACACCUACAGCGUCUCGCCUCGUAUGCACUGAAGCACUCUCUGCUGCUCGUUCGCGCUCUACCGUGCUCCAGCGUGUGCGCGUCGCUCCGUCGUCCCUGACGGCCGCCCCGCGUGCACGCACCUUCCACACCGGCCGCGUGCUGAAGGAAGAGGAGCAGCCCGAGGAGGCGAUGGAGGAAGACGAGCGCGUUGUCGACGAGGUUGACGUGCUGAUUGUCGGUGGUGGUCCCGCCGGUCUCAGCGCUGCCAUCAAGAUCAAGCAGCUCGCGGAGGAGAAGGGCGAGGAGAUCCGUGUGGUCAUCCUCGAGAAGGGCGCCGAGAUCGGCAACCAGAUUCUUUCGGGUGCCGUGAUUGAGCCCCGUGCUCUGGACGAGCUCAUUCCUGACUGGAAGGAGAAGGGUGCGCCGCUGAACCAAGAGGCCCUCCAGGACCAGAUGGUCUUCUUGACCGAGAGCAGUACGAUCCCCAUGCCGCACCCCCCCCAGAUGUCGAACCACGGCAACUACAUCGUGUCUCUGUCGCGUGUCACGGCCUGGCUCGGCGAGCAGGCCGAGGAGCUGGGUGUCGAGAUUUACCCCGGCUUUGCCGGUGCCCAGGUGAUCUGGGACGAGGCCGCGGACGGUACCAAGCGCGGUAUUAAGGGUAUUGUGACCAACGAGAUUGGUCUCGACAAGAACCGCCAGCCGAAGGACAAUUACGAGCAGGGUAUGGAGUUCCGUGCCCCCAUCACGCUCCUGGCCGAGGGUGCGCACGGCUCGCUCUCCCAGCAGCUCAUCCGCGAGCUCAAGCUGCGUGAGGCGGUCAAUGCCGACCCCCAGACCUACGGUAUUGGUAUCAAGGAGGUGUGGCGUAUCAAGCCCGAGAACCACAAGCCCGGCCUGGUGAGCCACACGAUGGGCUUCCCCCUGCCCCUGGACACCUACGGCGGUACGUUUAUGUACCACAUGGAGGACAACAUGGUCUCGCUCGGUCUCGUUGUGGGUCUCGACUACGAGAACCCCUACCUGUCGCCCUUCCAAGAGUUCCAGCGCAUGAAGCACCACCCCCACUUUGCCAAGGUGCUCGAGGGUGGUGAGUGCCUUGCGUACGGUGCUCGUGCCCUGAACGAGGGCGGCUACCAGUCGAUCCCCAAGCUGCACUUCCCCGGUGGUGCGCUGAUCGGCUGCUCGGCCGGUUUCCUGAACGUGCCCAAGAUCAAGGGUACGCACAACGCAAUGAAGAGUGGUAUUGUAGCUGCCGAGACCGCUGUCGAGGCGCUGAGCAAGCGUAGCGAGGACGAUCUCUACGCCCCGAUUGACCUGGAGGAAUACAAGACGAACAUGGACAAGAGCUGGGUCAUUCCCGAGCUGUACGAGGUGCGCAACAUCCGCCCGAGCUUCCACAACCCCCUGGGCUUCUGGGGCGGUCUGAUGUACUCGGGUCUCGACUCGCUGAUCCUCAAGGGCCGCACGCCCUGGACCUUCCACCACGAGAAGGAGGACCACGAGUUCACGAAGCCUGCCGCACUCUGCAAGCCGAUUACCUACCCGAAGCCCGACGGCAAGCUCUCGUUCGACAUUCUCACCUCCGUCUCGCGCACGGGCACCAACCACACCGAGGACCAACCGGUGCACCUUGUCGUGAAUGACGGCGACUACAAGUCCCACGUCGAGCGCAACGUCGGCACCUUUGACGGCCCGCUGGGCCGCGUCUGCCCUGCGGCGGUCUAUGAGUACGUCCCCAAGGAGGACGCCAACGGCCAGGAGGACGCCUGCGGCAAGAAGCUUGUGAUCAACGCACAGAACUGCAUCCACUGCAAGACCUGCUCCAUCAAAACACCAGACCAGUCGAUUACCUGGACGGUGCCGGAGGGCGGCGGCGGUCCCAAGUACUCGCUCACGUAG